AUGACGUCUCAGCUACAUCUCUUGCUUCAUAAGGAUACCUCUGAAGGAUCUGGGGCAAUCUGCUCGGCCUCGGAGAAUGAUUUUGCACAGGAAAUGGGUUUUUCUGCUAAAAUUGUCAUCACUGGAUUGUGGAUGCCCUCAUGGCAAAUGUUCCAAGAUUUGACCAUGGACUUGUGGCUUAAACUUUUGGCCUUGGGCUUCGUUUUUCUGGAUGCAGAAGUGUUUGUUACCGGUAAGUCUAAUAGGCUUUGGAAUCGUGUGUCUUGGGUACUCAUGCGUAUUUAUGAGACGGGGCCCAAAAAAGUGGCUGUUGGAAUUGUCCAGGCACCGUUGGAACUUGUAAAUUUAAGGAGAAGCAGCUAUACAAAUAAUGUUAAAUUACAACAAGAUAAUCGUGUGAUGCGUAAUGGCAUACUGUUUGAUGAUGAACAACAAACAUCACGGUUCCUGCAAGUUGUACCCCCUAAUGAGGUGGCCACUGCCUCAAUGGGUGUGAAUGCACUCUGGCAAGCUACAAAUCCCCCUACAGCUGUUCUUCCAUCUCCCGUUAACCUGACAGGACUGCCCUUAACAGAGACACCCAGUGCUCUGGCUUCAAUUCUCCCCUCACCUGCUCGCACCACUGCAUUCCCACUCACCAGCAUCUCUGAAAGAGACAAUGGCUCCUCAGAGGCCCCGACUCCGCUUAGUGCAGGUGUUACACCAGCAUCGGUGCCCCAGCUUCCCACGCACUCUGACUUGCAGACGACUCCUCCCGGAGCUAACACUCAGACACUCAGCACAAAAGCUGAGCUCACCACACUCACGCCGGUUGCAGACAGCAAUGACACAUCAGAUGUCUCAACAGGGUGGACUAUGCCCAGCACCUCUCCCACAGUCCCAAGUUUCACCUCCGUAGCCAUCCUCAGCCCCACAUACAACAGCUCUGCUGCCUUACCUGCACGCACCACGCACAACCUUUCCCAAGAGAACUCCUCAGAUUCCAACUUUACAUCCACUUCACCACCCACUCAGACCUCUGCAGCAAGCACUGUCACUCCAACUGCAACAAUAGAACCUACUACACCUCUGCCAGAAUGUGUUGAAAAAUAUGCAAACAUCUCUGUGAAUUACAGCCAAGACCCAAACACCAAGUUAUUCACAGCACACCUGAAUGUUAAAGAGGAGGUGGAGUGCAUACCUAAUUGCACAAACAAAUCAAUACAUGAACUGAAAGCAUGUGACGAUCGCACGGUUAGAAUUUCUCACUUAUGUACUGGACCACCCAGGGAGUUAGACUUGAAUGUACCACCAGUCUAUUUCUGUGUCUCCUUCACAGAGCGUGAAAUGUUUCAGUUACAUAACUGCACCGCAGCUGAAAAAGCCAAUACAACUAUUUGUUUACAGUGGAACAUAACCAACAACUUUCGGUGUUACACAAAUAAAAUUAAGUACAGCUUUAAAUGUGGUAAGAACAUUACACUGAUCAGAUCAUUUCAUGUGUGCCACACUCAAGCUCAAGAAAUCUGGCGCCAAAAAAAUAGGAAAAGAAUCCCAAGUGCUUCUGAUAAUAUUGGUUCAUCUGACAAGAAUAAAAUUGAGUUAACAGCCCUUCAGCCCAACAACAACUAUACCUGUGACUUACAAGUAUCUUAUGAUAACUACCAGCUUAUUCAUGAACAAACAGUGAUUAAAACAGAUUUUGGAAGUAAGUAUCUACUUUCAUUGUAUAUAAAACUGCUUUCUGCUUUUCCAGGUCAGCCUACAAUUCAAACUUGUGAGGAGAAAGGUGCGCAUGAAGGGAUGAUGACCUGGACUGCUCCUCAAAAUGUAUUCCAUGGAUACAAGCUUUGUAACGCAACAGAUCCUAACGACUGCAUUGAUCUGACUGAUCGUGUGAGCCAAUAUCGUUGGCAAGGAUUGAAACCUUUUACAAAUUAUUCUGUAACAUUAUAUGCAUAUGUCCAUGCAAAAGUGUUACGCAAUGGGACUGCUAUCAGUUGUAGUUUCAAAACCAGUGAAGCAGCUCCAAGCGAGGUCCAGAAUGUGUCCAUCACCCAGAAGUCAGAUAACAGUGUGCUUGUGAAAUGCCAGAGGCCUAAAGAGAUUAAUGGCCUCAAAAUAGAAAGAUACUAUUUGGAAGUCCUAAUUGGAAACAGCCUAGUUAGACAUAAGAAUAAUACCAACUGCAUGUUCUUGGUAGAACAUCUUCACUACUCAACAGACUACGACUUUAAGGUCUAUUGUUCCAAUGGCAAGUAUUCCAGUUCUAAAGUCAAAGUGUCUCAAUCAACAUCUUACAAUUCUAGAGCGCUGAUUGGUUUCCUGGUAUUUCUGAUUAUCGUGACAUCAGUAGCACUACUUGUUGUGCUCUAUAAAAUCUAUGAUUUGCAUAAGAAAAGAUCCAGCAACUUAGAUGAACAACAAGAGCUUGUUGAAAGGGAUGAUGAAAAACAACUGAUGAAUGUGGAGCCAAUCCAUGCAGACAUUUUACUGGAAACUUACAAGAGAAAGAUUGCUGAUGAGGGAAGACUAUUUCUGGCUGAAUUUCAGAGCAUUCCAAGAGUGUUCAGCAAGUUCUCCAUCAAGGAUGCUCGAAAGCCAUCAAACCAGAACAAAAACCGCUAUGUUGACAUACUUCCUUAUGAUUAUAACCGUGUUGAGCUCUCUGAUAUAAAUGGAGAUGCAGGGUCAAACUAUAUCAAUGCCAGCUAUAUUGAUGGUUUCAAAGAACCCAGGAAAUACAUUGCUGCACAAGGUCCCAGGGAUGAAACUGUGGAUGACUUUUGGAGGAUGAUCUGGGAGCAGAAGGCCACUGUCAUUGUCAUGGUUACUCGCUGUGAAGAAGGAAGCAGGAACAAGUGUGCUGAAUACUGGCCCUCAAUGGAAGAGGGUACCCGGGCUUUUGGAGAUGUGGUGGUGAAGAUCAAUGAGCGCAAAAGAUGCCCUGAUUACAUCAUCCAGAAACUCAACAUCACAAACAAAAAGGAAAAAUCAACUGGGAGGCAGGUGACUCAUAUCCAGUUCACCAGCUGGCCUGACCACGGGGUGCCUGAGGACCCGCACCUGCUCCUCAAACUGAGAAGGAGAGUGAAUGCUUUCAGCAACUUCUUCAGCGGCCCCAUUGUGGUGCACUGCAGUGCUGGUGUGGGGCGCACAGGCACCUACAUUGGAAUUGAUGCCAUGCUGGAGGGCCUGGAGGCAGAGAACAAAGUCGAUGUUUAUGGUUACGUGGUCAAGCUCAGGCGGCAGAGGUGCCUGAUGGUCCAAGUGGAGGCACAAUACAUCCUGAUCCACCAGGCUUUGGUGGAAUACAAUCAGUUUGGAGAAACAGAAGUGGGCUUGUCAGAGUUACAUCCCUACCUCCAGAACAUGAAGAAGAGGGACCCCCCCAGUGAGCCCUCUCCCCUCGAGGCGGAAUUCCAGAGACUUCCUUCAUACAGGACCUGGAGGACACAGCGUGUUGGAAAUCAAGAACAAAAUAAAAAUAAAAACAGGAAUUCUAAUGUCAUCCCAUAUGACUUUAACAGAGUGGCACUUAAACACGAACUGGAAACAAGCAAGGAGAGUGAGCACGAUUCAGAUGAGUCAUCGGAGGAUGAGAGUGACUCGGAGGAAACAAGCAAAUACAUCAAUGCCUCCUUCGUAAUGAGUUACUGGAAACCUGAAGUGAUGAUCGCCACUCAGGGGCCACUAAAAGAGACUGUCGGUGACUUUUGGCAGAUGAUAUUCCAAAGAAAAGUCAGCAUUGUUGUUAUGUUGACAGAGCUGAAGCAGGGAGACCAGGAAAUCUGUGCCCGGUACUGGGGAGAAGAAGGAAAGCAAACAUACGGAGACAUAGAAGUUGCAGUAAAAGACACAAAUAAGUCUUCAGGUUAUACUCUCCGUGUAUUUGAACUCAGACAUUCCAAGAGGAAAGAGCCUCGCACCUUGUACCAGUACCAAUACACUAACUGGAGUGCAGAGCAGCUUCCCGCAGAACCCAAAGAAUUCGUCUCUAUGAUGCAGAGUCUCAAACAAAAACUCCCCAAGAAAAACUUCGCUGACAGGAACAAACACCACAAGAAUGUGCCUCUGCUGAUUCACUGCAGAGAUGGGUCUCAGCAAACAGGCAUAUUUUGUGCCUUGUUAAAUCUCAUGGAAAGUGCAGAAACAGAAGAGGUAAUAGAUGUUUUUCAAGUCGUGAAAUCUCUACGCAAAUCUAGGCCAGGAAUGGUUUCCACAUAUGAGCAGUAUCAGUUCCUGUAUGACAUCAUUGCCAGCACCUACCCUGCCCAGAAUGGACAAGUCAAGAAACACAGCAACCAAGAAGAUAAAAUCAAGUUUGAAAAUGAGCUUGACAAAGCAAAACAGGAUGGGAACUGCAUUAGUUCCCCAGAUGUCCAAGAUAAGACCCAGGAAGGGAGCAAAGAGGCUGAAGAUAUGGAGACAACAGGCAGCCCUGACGAAUCAGAACAUUCUGCCAAUGGCCCUGCAAGUCCGGCUUUAACUCAGAAUGCGUAGGCAAAGACAUAGGUGCAGUAUCUUAAACAGGAGGGCAGAAUAGGUACAAGUGAGUUAGUGACGUGCAGCGGACUCACGUGUGCAGGAAGCUUUGGUUUUACUACUUCUGGAAAAGUAUUUAAGAUAGUUUUGCUAAGAAGUUUUGUACAGGCUUUUGCUUGCUUUUAGAUUUUGCCUGCCACUGGGCAAACCCACUUCUCUGUGGUCUGCAUGUAUGUGUGUGUGUACGUGUGUAUGUGUGUGUGUGUGUGUGUGUGUGUGUGAAUAUAACUUUCAAGCAAAUCCCAGUGUGCUUGAGAUACUCUGUCUUUUCAUUUUUUGAAGGAAAAAACUCUCCAGUUUUAUAUAGAAAGUGUUACCUACACUUGAAGGAUCUAUUUUUAAAUCAUAACUUUCACAUGGACUCUUUCAGAAUAACAACAUGUACGUUUCUAGAAUGACCUCAAGAUGUCCUCCUUGUUCUGUUCAUAUCCAUCUUUAAGUUUAGACUUCCAGAAAGUGUCUAUAAAAGUAGUAUGUGUGAAUGCUGUUACUAUGAAAAAUUUAACAGGGUUAAUAUUUGGCAAUCUUAUGUUCCAUAUGUUAUCUUUUAGUUCAAUAACUUUUAAGCAUAUUUAAUCUAAUUUUAAAACCCUAAAUGGCUUUUUUGCUAUAUCACCAGAGGUUUACAAUUUUGCCACAGAUAUUUUCUGUACACAUAUGAAGUUUAUUGCUUGUUACUUUUGACGAAAAAUGAUGCUUAUUACAUAAUAAGUUUCAACCUAAAUAAAUAUCUUUAAAUACA